AUGAAAUCAGUUUUAAGUCUUAUUUCUACACAAGAUUUAUCAAAAAAAUUUGGAAGAGAAACACUUAAUUAUUUUAAAUCAACAUUCAAUCAUUUUAUUUAUUGUAUUGCUGAAUUUCUUGUUAUGUUAUCAAAUGAUACACUUCAUUCAAAACGAGUUAUUAAAAUACAAGAUUUAAUUAAACAUUAUGAUUCAUUAUUAGCAAGUGGACAUGAACCUGAAACACAUGUUAUUGUUAAUAGUGUUCAAAUUGAAGAUGAUAAAUGGAAACGUCUUUCACGAUAA